GCGAAGCUGUUUACCAAAACGCAAAAGCAGCAUUACGCACGGCGAUGUGACAUCGCAGGAGUGACUUUGCUUGUGGACCCUGGGAUUGUGAACUCUGAUAUUCUCACAUUUGUGAUACAUUCGGAACUCGGCGUGCGCGUCGGGACUGUUUGGAGGACCCGUGAUGAAGAGUUUGCUAUUUGUGGUACUUUGUCUUUCGUGGGGUGCACUCUGUUUGUACUGAACAGGAGCAUUGCGCGCAACAUAUCUCCAUGCGUUAGUCUGAGGCAACUCCACGCACCCAGUCUUAGCUGUUUUGUAAAGGAAAAAGGUGCAAAAGAAACAAACAUGAUACGAAAGGACAGAUUGGAGCCAGCAUGGAUUUAACCCAGUUAAAUGUGUUCGUGGAAAACGUUUCCAAAGAUGAGAACGCCACGGACGCACCGCUUGCCUUGCCACACACGGAGGCAGCCACUGCUCUCAUCAUCCUGGUGGUUACUGUGAUCAUUUCUGUGACCAUUGUCGGUAAUGUGUUGGUGAUCGUAGCGGUGCUGACCAGCCGGGCUCUCCGUGCGCCUCAGAACCUUUUCUUGGUCUCUCUGGCAUCAGCAGACAUCCUUGUGGCCACGCUGGUUAUCCCCUUCUCUCUCGCCAAUGAGGUUAUGGGCUACUGGUACUUUGGAAGUACUUGGUGCGCCUUCUAUUUGUCUCUGGACGUGUUGUUCUGCACCUCAUCCAUCGUGCACCUGUGCGCCAUCAGCCUGGACCGAUACUGGUCAGUCACAAAGGCGGUCAGCUACAACCUGAAGCGGACACCUAAACGCAUCAAGUCCAUGAUUGCUGUAGUGUGGAUAAUAUCUGCCAUCAUCUCCUUCCCCCCUCUUCUCAUGACCAAACAUGAUGAACGGGAGUGUCUGCUGAACGAUGAGACCUGGUACAUCCUCUCAUCCUGCCUGGUGUCCUUCUUCGUUCCGGGUCUUAUCAUGAUUCUGGUUUACUGUAAGAUCUAUAAAGUGGCCAAGCAGCGCUCCUCUACAGUGUUCGUGGCCAAGAACGGUCUGGAGAGGCAGCCCUCUCAGUCAGAGACCUGCUUCGUCCGGAAGGACCGGUUUGAGAUGGAGAGUCCCAGCAGCCAAAGUUCGGGCAGCCACCAGCAAAGGCAGGGGGAGCUGGAUGACAUCGACCUGGAAGAGAGCUGCUGUCCGUCGGAUACUAAACCCCGCAAUCAUCGCUUCACCAAGCGGAGGAAGGUGGAGGGGUCGGACUGCUGCCCUCCUCAGAACUGCCGCCUCUCUUGGGCUUCGGCCCGAGCAUUGCAGCUGUACCCGGAGCAGAAGAACCCAGUUGGGCGAACGCAGCUGGCCGCGGCCAACAAGACUAAAGUGGCCCAAAUGCGGGAGAAGCGUUUCACCUUCGUGCUGGCGGUAGUGAUGGGGGUGUUUGUGCUUUGCUGGUUCCCCUUCUUCUUUACCUACAGCCUGCAUGCUAUCUGCAGAGACAGCUGCUAUAUCCCUGGCGCACUUUUCAACCUUUUCUUUUGGAUUGGCUACUGCAACAGUUCUGUGAAUCCCAUAAUAUAUACUAUUUUCAACAGGGAUUUCAGAAAAGCCUUCAAGAAAAUCGUAUGCAGAACUCCUAAACGCACAUAAACACUGAAAGGGACACAUUUAAUUUUGCCUCUCUCACUCCACAGUGCUGGGAUGGAAUUAUAUUAUUAGAAAUCCUUCUUCUUGGUUGUCUAUUUCCUCUCCCCUGAUCAUUUUAAUGUAACUACUAUCAUAUCAGAAGAAAAGAUCCAGUCUUGUGUACACAUUUAAAUGUCUAUGAAUAAAAUGUAAAGUGGAGUAAAGCAA